AUGCCGCUGUUCAACAAGAAAUUCGAAUCGAAACCGAUUCCAGCGCGUGUAAAUCGCUGUAAUAUUGGUUUUCCGGUUGUUAGCGAAGAUAUUGAUGAUUUCCGCAAGAUAUCCCUUAAUCUGGGCAAUAAACUGCGUUUCGCCGAUGGCAUUUGGAUGCAUUCGGUGCGCAAAGGCGACGUCGAUGAUAUGCUGCGUUUGAAUAAAAAGUUUCGGGCAUUAGAGGAGGAGAAUAACAUGUGUAAUCUUAAGAUUGAGGUGAUGCUGGAUUUGCUGGCCGAACAUGCCACAGAACUGAAUGAACUGAAGCCGAAGGAGAAGUAAUUCGCAAACAAAACGAGAGAAUUCGAAUAAAUAAAAUCUAUGUAUCAUAUGCCAAGUUUUAUUGGGAUUAUUGUGGGGC